AUGCCUAGCGGCUGUCUUCUUGCUCGCUUGACUUGCACGUUUGAUCUGCCAAUUGCGAGGCGCGGUCCCAAGACUAAGCGGCAGAGGUCGCUUGCUGUGGUCUACCCCAAUGUGCUACAAAGCCCCCCGGAAUCAUCCGUGCGGGCGUCGGAGCACGGCUCGGUAGCACACCAUCCAUUUUCUUCAGUCUCAGACACGGUCCCACUGGAUACAUGGGAUUCGACACUUUCGGUGCUCGAUCCAAAUUUAUCCCCUGCAACCGUGCAUACAACUCAGUCGUCCGUCUCAAAUCCGGCUUCCAGCAGAGUGACCUCAGCUUUGCAAAGAUGGCAUGACCUAGAACAGGAUCUUUCCAUACAGGCCCCCUCUACAAGUUUAGAGCAGACUGUCAAUCGAUGUUUCGAACUAUUCUUCGAAUAUCUAUACCCCUUAACUCCUCUGGUUCAUGAGCCCAGUCUUCGAGAUGGACUGGCAUUCUUCGCGACCCAAGGGAGGAUCUCGAGCUCCGACGGCCUCAUCUACGGACUAAGAAGUCUCAAGUACCCAGACAUAUGGCCGGACUUUACCUUCACUCUAGUAACAGCAGUAUGCGCGGAGGCGGCUUUUCUUCUUCCGAAGGAUAUCUUCCCAGAAGGCGAGAGGGUUGCAGACCCUUUUCUUCAAGCCUCUAGGAACUGCCUCAACACGUACCUGGAGGCCGAUCUUGAGUAUCCAAACGCUAAUUCAGUUGCCAUCCGGUAUUUUCAUUCCAACUGCAUGCACGCAGCCGGCAAGCCAAGGCUCUCGUGGCACAUCUUUGGAGAGGCAACGCGGCUGGCGCAAGUUAUGCAAAUGCAUGAAGAGGAAUCUCUGCAAGGGCUCACCGCGCUGGAAGCAGAGUUUCGCCGACGAGCGUUCUGGAUUGCCUAUAUUGGCGAUAAGUCUGCAGCCAUCCUUAAUAAUCGACCAAUCACCAUCCACAAAUACUCGUUCGACUCAGGCAUCACCAUUGGCUAUCCCACCGGUGUCGAAGAUGAGGCGGUCUUGACGCCAGGCAAUACAGUCACAGACGAUGAAAACACUCGCAGAAGCUUUAUUGCAGGCUUCAACGCAAAUAUACGUCUUUGGCAAAGUGCUUCGGAUCUGAUUCUGGAGAUGCGACUACUGGGUACCAAUAAUCAGAACGGACAUCCUUCGCCGCGUCAGCCUCCCACGCCUGAAGAAAUCCAUCGACUCGACCAUCUCUAUGUACUUUUUGCGACAUCUCUGGAUGACCUACCUCGCUAUCUGCAAUAUGAUCAGCUCAUGACAGAAUCCAAUGCAGACAACCAAGGGCUAUCUAGACUGACCAGGCUGCGUACCAUCCAAGCAACAAAUGUCUUUGUCUCGUUGCAUUGCCUGAAAAUGGUUAUCACACAGAAAUUUGAAGACAUCGGGUACUAUCAUCCCGCGCAAGUGAAAAACGAAAUUCUGCUGCUCAAGAAAACUGAUAUUGCACGCGAUCUUUUGAGGGUUAUCCGCGAUGCACCUUUCUGGGCUUUGCAGGUGAACGGCGAACCAUGUGUGGAGAAGAUCCGACUCAUUGGGGCUUGUCUCCUUGAGAUCAUUGAUCAACAUGAGGCAUCUCCUUUAUCAGCCCGGGCGCGCAACGAUCUGUCGGUUCUCCUUGAUAUACUGACGCGGCUUGAUUCAAAAGCAUCAGAUACAUUGCGGCGCCUUCUGUGA